UCGCUCUUUUCCGUGUUAAAUUCUGCUUCUUUGCACCCCAAACACCACGGCUCUUAGAUUCUUCUCUGCUUAGCUUGAUCAUCCAUUGAUUUUUUUUGUUUCCAGGAAAGCAAACCGACCUUACAGAUCGAAUGGAACAUGAAGUUGAUUGCCAUGCAAGGGUUUCCCCGUCUAAUUACAGAGGGGUACGGCAAAGGAAAUGGGGGAAAUGGGUGUCUGAAAUCCGUGAGCCAGGGAAGAAGACCCGAAUAUGGCUAGGGAGCUAUGAGACAGCUGAAAUGGCAGCUGCAGCUUACGAUGUGGCGGCAUUGCACUUCCGAGGACGAGCUGCUCGACUUAACUUCCCCGAGCUGGUGGACAGCCUCCCACGUCCGGCUAGCUCAAGUGCGGAAGACGUGCAAAUGGCGGCACAAGAGGCAGCAUUGAGGCUUAGAAGACCAAAGAUAAGUUCGGAGGUGGCCAUGGGUGCAUGCGCAGGCACAGGUGCAGCUGCUGCAGCUGAUGGGAGCCUUGGUCCGAUUAGGGUUGGACUGUCACAGAGCCAAAUUCAGGCUAUCAAUGAGUUCCCAUUGGAUUCCCCCAAGAUGUGGAUGGAACUUGCAGGUGCUCUGUUGAUGGCAGAGCCAACGCUCUACGGGGAUGAAUUUGAUGAUGCCGAGUUGAUGAUCAGUGAGUAUGAAGAAAUAGUGCAGGUUGAGUCCAUUUGGGAUUGAUUUUAUUUUUCCUAGCCUCGUAGGUAUUUACCCUUCUUUUAACUGGGGAAAAAACCAAAGAUUACUGCUAGCUCUAUAGGUAUAGCAACUUGCAAGUUGCAAGUAGCAUACAUUACAUUAUUUAAUUAUAUAUUAAUCAAAAACUCUACAUGCAAUGUAAUUAAGUAUUAAUUAACAUGGAUGGAGAGGCUUGGGUUCUUCUA